UGCGCUCAGCUGCCUGGGCGGGCUGAGAGGCGCGGGUUGAAAAGUCUCGUUCCAAGUUUGGAGAGAGAGAGAAGAGCGCCUCAGACCUCGGUACCUGCGAGCGUGAGGAGGCAGGAAAGAAGAACGCGGCGUCUGGGGAGGACCCAGGCGGCAGGCCGGAGCUCAGGCUUCGAGAGCUCGAAGUGCGUGACGCGCCUGGGAAAGGCAGGAGCGUCUGCGGUCGAGCUGCACUUGGCUAGUGAGGGGAGUCCGAGGCCGCGGCGAGGGGCGAACGACCCGACGCAAGAUGGCGAGUAAAGAGAUGUUCGAAGAUACUGUGGAGGAGCGUGUCAUCAAUGAAGAAUAUAAAAUCUGGAAGAAGAAUACACCGUUUCUGUAUGACCUGGUUAUGACCCAUGCUCUUCAGUGGCCGAGUCUUACGGUUCAGUGGCUUCCUGAAGUGACUAAACCAGAAGGAAAGGAUUAUGCUCUUCAUUGGCUAGUGCUGGGGACCCACACGUCUGAUGAGCAAAAUCAUUUGGUGGUUGCUCGAGUACAUAUUCCGAACGAUGAUGCACAGUUUGAUGCUUCCCACUGUGACAGUGAGAAGGGCGAAUUUGGCGGCUUUGGUUCUGUAACAGGAAAAAUUGAAUGUGAAAUCAAAAUCAACCAUGAAGGAGAAGUGAACCGUGCUCGCUACAUGCCGCAGAAUCCUCACAUUAUUGCUACAAAAACUCCAUCUUCUGACGUGUUGGUUUUUGACUAUACAAAACACCCUGCUAAACCAGACCCAAGUGGAGAAUGUAAUCCUGAUCUUCGCUUAAGAGGUCACCAGAAGGAAGGCUAUGGCCUUUCCUGGAAUUCUAAUCUGAGUGGACAUCUGCUCAGUGCAUCUGACGACCAUACUGUCUGCUUAUGGGAUAUAAAUGCAGGACCAAAGGAAGGCAAAAUCGUGGAUGCGAAAGCAAUCUUCACUGGCCAUUCGGCUGUUGUGGAGGAUGUGGCCUGGCAUCUGCUCCACGAGUCUUUGUUCGGAUCCGUCGCUGAUGAUCAGAAACUUAUGAUAUGGGACACCAGAUCCAACACCACCUCCAAGCCAAGUCACUUGGUGGAUGCUCACACAGCCGAGGUCAACUGCCUGUCAUUCAAUCCCUACAGCGAGUUCAUUCUAGCAACAGGCUCUGCGGAUAAGACGGUAGCUUUAUGGGAUCUGCGUAAUUUAAAAUUAAAACUCCAUACCUUUGAGUCACAUAAAGAUGAGAUUUUCCAGGUCCACUGGUCUCCACAUAACGAAACCAUUCUGGCUUCAAGUGGUACCGAUCGCCGCCUCAAUGUGUGGGAUUUAAGUAAAAUUGGAGAAGAACAAUCAGCAGAAGAUGCAGAAGAUGGGCCUCCAGAACUCCUGUUUAUUCAUGGAGGACACACCGCCAAGAUCUCAGAUUUUAGUUGGAACCCCAAUGAGCCUUGGGUUAUUUGCUCGGUGUCUGAGGAUAACAUCAUGCAAAUAUGGCAAAUGGCUGAAAACAUCUACAAUGAUGAAGAGUCAGAUGUCACAGCAUCGGAACUGGAGGGGCAAGGAUCUUAAACCCCAAGGCCAAGAGAUUUUUCUGUUGAAUGAAAUGUUCCAUGAAUGCUUGCCUUAUCGAGCGCCAAAAAGGCAUUGUAUAGUAGGAAACGUGAGUGGGUGGCAUGACGUUCUUUACCUUUGAUUCUAGCACUUUCAAGUGAGCUGUUGCGUACUGUAUCAUAUUGUAGCUGUUAGGGAAGAAAGGGAUGUUGCUUAAGAGAAAGCAUCUUCUUUGUUUUAAAGUACAAGUAGCAGGGGUACUGCCUUUGAUUCCACUGUUUUAAGUCCUUGUUUUCUCAAACUAAAUGCUUGCUGUUCCCAAAUAUGCAAGAAUAACUUUUACACUUUUUCCCUCCAAUACUUCUUGAUUGGCUUUGCAUAAAUAAAGUUUUAAAAUAAAUUUCGUUUUCUUCUUUUAGGAGCAUGCUAAAGAGUAGAAAUGGGUCAAAUUUGACUUUGCCUCCAGUUUCCUUGUUUUAUAAGUGAGGAAGCUGUUAAUGCAUACACGUAGAACUUUUAUUACGUUUCUUUCCAGGGCACAUGCUUGUCCUAAUCCAGAAUGGGGGAAGAGGGGCUAGUCAUCUAUUUGGUGGUUGAUUUGUAAAAAAAAAAAAAAAAAAAAAAAAAACACACCGUUCAACCCAUAUGCUCUUUGUGCCUUCACUUGGGCAGUUUUAAACAGACACUAGCUUUCUCCCCAAGAGAUGAAAGCUUGUUUGCUCCUAUAGCAGGACUCAUCAAAGGGGACACGCCAGCCUGCAAUUUGGCCUCUUGGCCUGUUCUUGCAGGGCCUACCAGGUAGGAAUGGUUUUCUUAUUUUUAAAGGGUCAUUUAACAAAGAAAUAUGGAAUGCCAACCCCUCUUUAUAGGAUUACAUGUGCUUAAGCCUAAGACCCUUGCUAUGUUCAAGUAUCCCUUGUUGUCCAAAUAGGUGUAUGCUGAGGCCAGCUGAGACUGCGGAAAUGUGGAGUCCCUGUAGGUUUCAAAAGUCUUGACAGAAGCUGUGCUCUGUAAUUCUAGAGCCCUCUAUUUUAAAGGGAAAAAUAGGUACUAAUCAGGUACAUAAAAUGAGAUUUCCCUCAACCAAGCAGAAGAUUGUUGGUUCGUACAAUAAUUAAGCUGUUUUAAAACCUGAGAAAGCAGCUAUCUACAAGUCUUAGGACCUGAUUCUCCUCAUAGAAUUAAGGACACACAGGUAACAAAAAAUACACAGAAGCUGUGAAAUUUCUCAUACAUAUUUACUGAAGCUAUACAGAAUUGAGUAGAUAAAAUCAGAUUCACAUCAGUGAAAAAUCUCUACAAAAUGUCUUUGAAAAGCAAAACAAGACUGCCUCUUAAUUCAUAUCCUCAUGAAAGAUGUGGGCUGUAAAAAUAAAGCAGUGUGUUUAGCACAAACUAGAAGAUAUCUGCAUCAUUUUUUUCACAGUUAUUACCAUCUACAGUCUGAAAGAGGUAGAUUUUUCUGCAACACCUGAGAAUUGAAUUGUGAUCACCAGGUGUAAUAAAGGCAGUUGCAUACAUACAUACACACAUAACUCAAAAUCACUGGUCUCAAGACCAAGAAAUGUAUUCUUAUAGUCUGAGGAUGAAAUGGUCCAUUAUCGAAGACUCAGGUUUGUUCUACACCUUGGAGUCUGUCACUAUAAACAGUACAAAUCAAGAUUCCGUGAUGGUGCAACAAAUGCAGUUUGAGUGAGUGAACAUUUAAACCUUUUCUGAGCCUAGUAGCAUUACAGUGUUCUAGAAUACGGGAGAUACAGGGUGUGCUACAAAGCCACAACACUGGGCUGGUGAGGUGAUUGCUUUGGGAGAGUGUCCUCCUCAGAGGGCCGUGUUUUUAGUCUUCACAGGGUAAUGGGAAGAGAGAUUCAGAAAGGACACCAAAUGCAUCCCCAACAGAGUCCAUGUCCUUUAAACACCAUGAUAGCGUCUAGCUACAAAUACAUCGUAAGCCGUAAGCAGCAGGCCAAGUACUAUAAUCGCAUUUGCUUAACAAAGCCCUUGAAAAUAAGCCACAGGUCCAAGAUUCACAAUCGUCCACACACAACAAGUACCACAGAGCGACACGGUGGGCCACAAAGCUGGCUGAAUAAAAUGCCACAAGCUGUACACCUCGAAGAGUUCCUGUGAAAACUGAUCAUUACUACUAAUUUUAAGGUAGAUUACACUUCUGCUAUAUACCUUCAUCGAUGAGUCCCGUAUUUCCUCUCGCAGCCGAAGGGGGAGUACUUACAAAAGGCUGCAAGAGGCUGUUUUUGUUUCUGCUUCCGCCUCAUUUUGACAGUAAUGAGAUAACCUGCUUUGCAGGUAUCUCGUCCUCUGCUCUCUAGACCUUGAUGAAAAUGAUGGGCGGUGGAAGCUGAGGUAUAAUCCUCCACUCCAGUGCUGCUUGCCAUGUAUUGGCAAUUUUCAAUUCUUUCAGCCCAGUUUAGACCAUGAAUGUGACAGGACCUCACAGAGAACUUUAACAAAGAGAAAACUUUAACUGGACAGAAGAGAACAGUUUAUUCACUCCAGUAAUCAAUUUAAGAAGUGUCAGUUUGAUAGUUUUGCUCAGUGGAAUGUCUAGCAGAACGUUUUUUACAAAAAGUAUUUCAAUGCAAAUUAUACCAGGGACACAACUUUCAUCAGUGCAGCCUGAUUAAUCAUUUCCAUAAUUUAGCCACAUUCGACACUGGGGAAAAAAAGCCAAAGUUAAGGAAACUAACGCAAAAGUUACGUGCUUUAAUUUAGCAUUUCCCCCAUUCCAAGUGCAGGGACCUUGAUAAUACUUUUUUUUUUUUUUUUUAAAUCACAGUAUAUAAGAAAGGGGUGAGAAAUAGACUGAAAGCCUACACAAA